AGUAACCAUACAUGUAGAUGAUAGAUGAUCCAGUGUAUCCAGUGUAUCCAGUGUUGCACUUGUGAUACUUUGCUAAUCAUACAAACCUUAAAGUCGUUGCCCCAUCAAACUUCCAAAACUUAACGAAGAUAAUAAUAAAUUUCUUUUUUUUUGUUUUGACCCAGAACAUUUACCUCCACACCUCAUAUCCUACAUCUAACUAACAGACGAACAAUCACCACUGCCGCCACCACUACCCUAGACGAUCUCCCGCGUAUCUCUUCCAAACUUCUAUAUCAGCUGGAUGCUAUCAUAUUUAGCCAACAAGGAAUAUCCAACCCCUGCACGUUUCGCCUGGUGCAGAGGGGACACACCAAUUCCUGAACAUCUGUAAGCGCGACGGAUGAAAAACAGCAGUGAUCGCUAGUUACCAUGCCUACCAGUCGAUUACGAUAACAUCAACGACAAUCAUUCUACCAUCAACACCAACCAACUUAUUCAAAUGGCAGGGUUAGGCGCAGACCCUGGACCUCAAUGGCCCCCGCGAUCACCCCACGAUGUUCUAUUGAGCACUCCCAAAGGCCGCGAAAAACUGCGACGAAUGGCCGAGCGAGCAUCACCCUCACCCUCUCCCUCGAAGAGAAGAACAGCCGGUCUCGCCGCCCGACCUGGUAAUUACGCCGACGGCGAUGCAAUGGAUAUCGAUGACGAUGAUGAAGAGGAAGAUGAAGAAAUGCUAGAAUUGAAACUCCAGGCCAUACAAGCGAGGCUAAAACUGAAGAAGCUGCAAAGCGCAAGAGCAAAAAAAUCCAAUGGAACGGACCGCCGACCUAGGUCCGAGUCGAAUCCUAUACCGGAUAUAUCAGUCUCAAGUCGAACCCAUUUUCGAUCAGAACUAUCACGUCCAGACCCGCCGCUACGUCCGCAGUCACAGACAGAGGUUCAGGUACCCGCUUCUCCCGUGAGGAGAACACAAAUCACCCAGAGCGAUGGUUCGCCUAGCCGAGUUCGCCUAGGUAUAGAUAAAGGAAUUAAAGCCAAGGACAUCUCCUUGAAGCGAGCUCCUAUUUUUAGGAAACCUACGGAGCCCCAAAAUACCGCUCAAGGAAGUUACCUUCGAAGAUCCCGUACACCUGCUUUCGGUAGCGCACCCGAGCCAACGACUAAACAGGAACGGCCGUUGACUUUCAGUGAGAGACUAGCCGCAGCUCGAUCAGAAGAGUCAAGUCGGCAAGAGAGACAGGAGAGGAUAAAGCAAUCAAGGAGUAAUGCCUUCGAGCUCGGUAGACAGGAGAUGGAGGACUUGAAGAGUAAUGCUAAAGAGAUACCCAACGUUCCAACACAGCCCGAGCAGUAUAGCCGUGAGGAGGUCAUGGCAGCUAGUCGGAUAAAACGCAGCAAUACCAUGCCAACCCUCCGACGGCCUUCUCAGGAUGAGAACAGAUCAGGGUCUAGCUUUGAUGGGGCACCAGGAUCUCAAGCUGAUGCAGCUGCACGCAACAAGAAAAUGGCCCCCUCCGAAGUGCCCGAGGAAGACGCAUCUGCGUUUGAACCGUACUCAGCUAUUCACCUCUCGAAACGUGUAAUACCACACUCUAUUCUCACCCGGAACUUGGCGGGUAAGAAGACAUAUGUUAUCAAAGACUUAUUAAAACAUGUCAAGGCGCCUGAUUUCGAAUUGCCCGAAGUCGAACAGGACAUAGUAGUCUUCGGGAUCCUAGCUUCCAAGUCUGAUCCUCGGUCACACAAACCUGCAAAUAAUCUGAAGGCGCAAACAGACCAGGAUAAGGGGAAGUACAUGGUCUUACAGCUGGUAGAUUUGCAAUGGGAACUCGAGCUGUUUCUUUUUAAUACUGGCUUCGACCGUUACUGGAAGCUGGUUCCUGGAACACUCAUUGCCAUCCUCAAUCCAAACAUUAUGCCACCACCUCCAGGACGGACCGAUACGGGACGUUUCAGUCUAGUAAUCAACAGUGGACACGACACAAUUCUAGAAAUAGGCACGGCGAGAGACCUAGGGUUUUGUAAGUCUACAAAAAAGGACGGGCAGUAUUGUAACAGCUGGGUCAACAAAAAGCGCACAGAAUUCUGCGAGUUCCACAUGAACAUGGGACUUGCCAAGCACCGACAAGCCCGGCAAGACGUCAACGCCUUCAACACGGGGCUCGGCCCAAAGAAAGAUGGAGAUUCCCAGUAUAAGAACUCGUAUCGCUCACGUAAUCUGGAGUCGAAUCCCAACGACCCCAAGAAGAAGGGCCGUGGCAACUACGACCGAAACACGCAGAGCCAGUGGUUCAUCAACAAGCCCAGCGCCGCCAGCAUGCUCGACAACGAGGUACUUGGCGGCCAGGUCUCGGGGCGCGUCGAACGUAGUGAGGCCCUUAGACGCCGCCUUGCAACAGAGGAGAAGGAGCGCGAUCUCAUGAAGACGCUCGGCAAGAUGGGCUCAGGAGCUGGCAAAGAGUACAUGCAAAGAGGUGCUAACGACGCCUCUAACACGGGAUCGACCCAAACCACCGACGGGAAGAGACCAGACGCGGAUGCGCGAUCGCUCGGCCUACUCCCCGGUAAAGGCUUCGAACCCCGAAUGCAUCUGAGCCCUACUAAGCGCAAACGGCCUCAGAGCGCCCUGUCGUCCGGGUCGUCGAGCCUGACAUCCUCAUUUGAUACCAACAGGGCCGCGGGCACGUCGUCUUCCGCUAGUCAUAGAAACGGCGCGAGCGGAAGACGAACAGCUCUUGGAUGGGGGGGCGGCCUUCAGGACAAGUUGUCGCGCAUGAAGGGCGGUGAGAAGCUACGGCCUACGGCCGCGCCCGCGCGUCCUCCAAGUUCGCGGCGUGAUGACGGACAUAGUAGUAGUAGUUUUACUACGCGCGAAGCGGGCGAAGACGGGAAUAGUAGUAGCUUUGGCGGUGGUGGUGGCGCCAGGUCUCCGGCUCGCAAAAAGACGAGAUUCGUGACGGAGAAGGGGAUCCGAGAGGCGGGCCGUGAAAGCGUCGGCGGGGAACUCGCUUCUAUUGGUGAAGAUAACGAUAAGCCGAGAGGCAGACAGGGUGGUGGCACUACUACUACAACUAUUACCAGUAGUAGUAGCAUUAGGAGGAGGAGGGGGAUGGUUGUUCUGGAUGAGGACGAUGACGAUGAGUUGGAGAUCUUGUUGGAUGAGUGAAUUAAUGGGUAUUCUACCUAGUCUACCUAAUUACUCUACCACUAGGUAAUCAAUCAGUCAACCAGUCCGCUAGCCAGGCAAUCAGUCCAUGGCUAAGAAAAGAGGAAUCUCCAACUUAGCUCUUCCCCCUCCCCUUCUUUCCCCUUCCCCUUCCCCGUUCUCCGCCCCCCCUAAACGCCCAAAAAUGACGAAUACACAAUACCCCUAUUUUCUUUUGUAACUAUUGGCGUCUUCGCCACUUACGAUGGAUGAAACGGGAUGGGAUGGAUUAAGCAUAGCAACCUUAAGCAUGGCGUAGCGUGCGCGUGUGCGUAUGCGUGUGUGGUAUUAGCGACUCAACAACAAACUCUGAAAUGGCUAGUGUUAGUAUGUACCUAUAGUUACAUAUUUGGUUGUCCUGCGCAAAAAAAAAAAAAAAAAGAAAGAAAGAAAGAUUCAAAGGCCAGGCAGAGGAGAGGGAGUUUUUCUUUUUUCUUUUCUUGGUUUUUUUCUUGUAUUAUACCCACCUGCUAUACCGAGGGGUCGGUAGUAGGGAAUAGGGAAUAGGGAGUAAGGGGUAAGGGGUAAGGGUCAGGAAAGGGAUGAUGAACAUGAUAUGAUAUAUAUACCAGCCUAUACUUAGGUACUUAGAUUAGGUGCUGUCGUCAACUAAACGAUUAAUUCGAUGCCUGCAAGAUCUGAUUACCUAGGUAUGAAGUACUGUGAUGAUAAAAUAGGGGAUGAAUAGGUAGGUAC